CAUCUUAUCUCUUUCUUCUUCGGUCCUCUCUCUCGCUCUCGCUUUCUCACUCUCUCGUUCGCUCUCUCUCUCUCUCUCUCUCUGCGCAGCGCCACCGCCAUGGAAAGAACCUGUGGAGGAGCAGAGAGGAGGGGUGUCUCCGUCGUUUGCCCGAAGCCUCGCCGAAUCGGCCUCUUAAAUCCAUCCGUAACCCACCGGAUCAGGCCUUCAAUCUGGCAAACGAGUUGCCAAACCGAGAUCUCUGACUCUAAGGCGGGGACUGAACUUCUUGACAUCAUUCUAACUGAGGGAAGUUGCAGCAUGGACAAGUCAAAUGCUCAUGCAGCUUCAUCACCCCCAUUCUUUUGCGGGUCUCCGCCGAACAGGGCUUCAAACCCUCUAAUUCAAGACUCGCAAUUCGGCAACAGCAGGUUUAGUCCAUUAUCGGAGGCACCCAUUUCAGCAGCAUCCCCAUCCUCGUCUGCACACAAAGGGGGAUCUUGUGCUCGGAUGAAACUCGGGCACAAGCCUGCGGCUGUGAGAAUCGAGGGGUUCAACUGCUUAAGCCGAGAUCGCAGAAGCAUCUCAGCUGUAGCAUGAAGAAAUGAAAUCACCUCUCCAGUGAACAAGGGGAGGAAGAAGGUGAAAUUUUGGGAGGGAGGACCUAUUGACAGUUUUUUAUUUUUAUUGUUUUUCUUUGUAUAUACAGGUUUGAAAUGGUUCAAUCAAUUUGUCUAGUUAUUGCUUUCAAUCAAAUUAUGUGUUAUGUAAAUCAAAAUCAGUCUUAUGUGGACGAGAGAGACAGAUAAUGGUUCAAUAAAGAGAGGAAGAGUGGCGUCCUUUCUCUUGGGGUUAAGAGGUCUCUUUCUUUGUGAUAUUUCUAAGAUUGUGUUGUCACUCUUAUCCUUCUUCGAAAUUGUAAUCUGAAGGGAGAAGUUGAUGGUCUUUUUGGAUGUUGAUAAUGAUAUUUUCAUUUCUUGUCUGGUUUGUCA